AUGCGUUUCUCCAUUGUUGCUGCUGCACUUGCAGCUGCUCCCGCCGUCGUCUCGGCUGCUGAGAAGGGCAAGAUGGGAUUCGCCCUCGGAACGAAGAUGGGAAGCGGAGCAUGCAAGACCCAGCAGGAUUACUCCGACGACUUCAAGAUGAUCAAGUCGAACUCUGGCUCAACCAUUGUUCGUGGUUACGCUGCCUCGGACUGCGACAUGGCUAAGAACGCCCUCCCGGCUGCCAAGUCAGCCGGCUUCAAGGUUGUUCUGGGUAUCUGGCCCGAUGUCGAGGAAUCCUUCCAGAAGGACCUCAAGGCCAUUACCGACGUUGCCCAGCAAUACACCGAUACCAUCUACGCCGUAACCGUCGGCUCUGAGACCCUCUACCGUGGAAACUUUACUGGUGAAGAGCUCGCCGGCAAGAUCAAGACUGUCAAGGACAAGCUGCCCUCUGGCAUCAAGGUCGGAACUGCAGACUCAUGGAACAAGUUUGCCGACGGAACUGGUGAUGCCAUCAUUGGCACUGCCGACAUCAUCAUGGUUAACGCCUUUGCUUUCUGGCAGGGUGCCAGCCGUGAGAACGCUACUCACGUCUACCUUGACGACAUGUACCAAGCCACCGCCCACAUUGAGAAGGUCGCUGGAGGCCGCUCCAAGGCCCCUGAGAUCUGGAACGGCGAGACCGGCUGGCCCACGGCUGUUGGCACCGACUACGACGCUGCGAAGGGUGGACUGGACAACGCUAAGCACUUCUACCAGCACGGUUUCUGCUCGCUGCUCGACUGGGGUUUCAACGGCUUCUACUUUGAGGCUUUCGACGAGCCCUGGAAGCCAGCUUCCAUUGGUGACAAUGGAAAGGCUGCUGACGAGACUGCCUGGGGUGCCAUGACUGCGGACCGCCAGAAGAAGUUCGAUCUUAUGUGCUAG